AGUCGUGUAGUCCGGAAGACUUUCCAUGAACUGUCAUUGAAUGACAAGUCAGUUUUUGGUGAGUUUUGGGCUUAAAGAACGCACGCAAAGUGGUUAGCUAAUGUGCUAACGGCACCAACUGUCAUCCGAGGAGGAACAGUGAGUGAUUCAACAAGUGUUUCAACAAGUGUCUCAAGUGUUUCAACUGUGUAAACAAUUCCAGAAAGAAGUAAAAUGGCUGGAAUAAUUGGACAUAUGGACAUUUUUGACGAGUCUGGUGAGCAAUGGGCAACUUACAUUGAACGUUUUGAACACUACGUUUUGGCCAAUGACAUUACUGUUGCUAAGAAACUGCCAGUGCUGUUUAGCGUAAUGGGACCAAAAACGUAUGGACUGCUUCGGAGUUUGGUAGCUCCCGUGACACCCGGUGAAAAGUCGUACGAAGAUAUUGUGACUGUGCUAAAAGACCACUUCACUCCGAAACCGCUUGUUAUAGCUGAACGGUUUAGAUUUCACAAGCGAAAUCAGGGGGAGGGGGAGACAAUAGCGCAGUACGUAGCAGUGCUAAAAAGACUGUCAGAACACUGCGAAUUCGGGGCUUAUUUGGAAGACGCACUAAGGGACAGAUUCGUGUGUGGGCUGAAAUGCGAAGCUGUACAGAAGCGCCUAUUGACAGAGGAUAAGCUCACGUUUAAAAGGGCAGUGGAAGUGGCAGUGUCAGCCGAGACAGCAGCACGCGACGUACAGCAGUUGAGCAGCUCCCUGAAAGUGAAUGCGGUGUUCUCCCAAAGUGAGAAAUGUCGCCGCUGUGGGAAAGCAAAUCACAAUGAUGACAACUGCUGGUAUAAAGACCGCGAAUGUCACCAGUGCGGGAGGAAGGGCCACACGAAAUUAAUGUGCAGAAGUAGUAAAUCAAAAAGUAACAACGAGAGAGAAUACAAACAGAAAGGGGGAAAGCAUGAACAGAAAAACAGUAACAGACGCAGUGGGAAAGAUAAAAAGAAAAGGAUACAUCACGUCGAGGCGAAUGAAAGUGAUAGUGAGGGAACAGGAUCAGGCAGUGACAGUGACUUGGGACUGUAUGCAGUGUCACAGAAGGGCAAAUACUCACGCAUAACAGUAAAACCAAAAGUCAAUGGGAAGAGAAUGGAGAUGGAGUUGGAUACAGGGGCAGCUGUGUCACUCAUUCCAUACGAACUGUACCAAAGAAAACUGCAUAAAUUCCCUCUGCAACCCACUGAUAUUGUCCUUAGGACAUACACAGGAGAGCCAUUGGCACCUGAAGGCGUAAUUACAGUGCAAGUAGAAUUGAAUAGGCAACAUGCUGACUUGCCACUGUAUGUGGUGAAGGUGGAUGCACCACCAUUGUUUGGCAGGGAGUGGCUGAGAGCCAUCAAAUUGAACUGGCGAGAUUUAAAGACUGUACAUGCAAUUGAGCACAGAGAGACAGACAGUUUAGAGGCAGUGUUAAAGAGACACUCCGCUGUUUUCUCUGACAAAUUAGGCACCAUGAGAGGAGUGAAAGCCAGGCUCACUCUCAAACCAGACAGCACACCCAAAUUCUGCCCACCACGCAAUGUGCCCUAUGCUCUCCGACCGCGAGUAGAAGCCGAGCUGAAACGCCUCACUGAGCUAGGCGUCAUCUCACCAGUGUCGCACAGUGACUGGGCAACACCAGUGGUGCCCGUAAACAAAAAGGAUGGCACCGUGAGACUUUGUGGGGAUUUCAAAGUCACCCUUAACUCAGCUCUGUGCGUUGACAAGUACCCAAUACCACGCAUCGAGGACUUGUUCGCUUCUCUCGCUGGAGGUCAACACUUCAGUAAGCUAGAUCUAUCUAACGCCUACCUACAGAUGGAAGUAGAAGAGAGCUCCAAGAAGCUACUUACCAUCUCAACGCAGAAGGGACUCUUCUGCUUCAACCGUCUGCCGUUUGGUGUAGCGUCAUCGCCCGCCUUGUUCCAGAAGGCAAUGGACCAGGUGCUCCUCGGCCUUCCACACACUCACUGCUACCUGGAUGACAUCCUUGUCAGUGGUCCUGAUAAGCAGACACACCUGAACACCCUGGAUGCUGUCCUGCGCAGGCUAGAGGAGUACGGCCUGCACCUGAAGAAGGAGAAAUGUCUCUUCUUCCAGGAGUCCGUGGAAUACCUGGGCCACAUCAUCGACGCUGCUGGGCUUCACAAGUCACCGGAGAAGGUACGUGCCAUCAUAGAAGCACCAGCACCAGCCGACAUAAGUCAGCUCAGAUCUUUCUUAGGAAUGCUGAACUACUAUGGACGCUUUAUCCCUGACCUGAGCACAGUUUUACAACCGCUGAAUGAGCUACUUAACAAAGAGAAAAAGUGGCAGUGGACAUCAGCCUGUGCGUCAGCGUUUCAGCAAGCAAAGACACUUUUAACAUCGCAAGAGGUGCUCACUCAUUACAACCCUGAGCUGCCUCUCCGUCUUGCUUGUGAUGCUUCACCCUAUGGGGUCGGAGCUGUGCUCUCCCACGUCAUGCCGGAUGGCAAAGAAAGACCAAUUGCUUAUGCAUCGAGGACCCUGAGUAAAGCUGAGCGUAACUAUGCUCAGAUUGAAAGGGAAGCUUUAGGCAUAGUGUUUGGCGUACGGAAAUUCCACCAGUACCUGUAUGGCAACACAUUCACUCUGCUUACUGACCAUCGCCCACUAACCACCAUCCUCAGUCCAGUGAAAAGUACACCAUCAAUGGCCGCAGCUCGCAUGCAACGUUGGGCCCUCCUGCUUUCUGCUCACAACUACACCAUCGAGUACAGGAAAGGUGCCCUACAUGCCAACGCUGAUGGACUGUCAAGGCUACCACUCCCUCAUGCUCACAGUGAGAAGCCAGGAGCAGUAGACGUGUUCUACACAUCACAGCUAGAGACAUUACCCGUCAGCAGCACUGUGAUCAAGCGCCACACCAUGUCUGAUUCCACCCUGUCUCGUGUCUUGGAAAUGGUCACCACUGGACAUUUUCCAGCAGCCAAGAACACAGGUGAUGAGCUGUCACCCUAUCACCACCGACGGCAUGAUCUAACUGUGCAGCACGGAUGCCUCAUGUGGGGUUUGAGAGUGAUUGUGCCACCCAAGCUGCGCCCCCGUGUGCUGGAAGAGCUACACGCAGCACACCCAGGUGUAGUAAGGAUGAAGAGCUUAGCUCGCAGCUAUGUCUGGUGGCCUGGCAUUGACUCCGACAUCGAGCACAAAGCUAAGUCAUGCCACACUUGUCAACAAGUGCAGAAAGACCCUGCUCAAGCACCCUUACACCCGUGGAUGUGGCCAACCAGGCCCUGGGAACGCAUACAUGUGGACUUUGCUGGCCCAUUUGAAGGACACAUGUACCUUGUCAUCGUAGAUGCACACUCCAAAUGGCCAGAGGUACACAUCAUGGACAGCACUACAUCCUCCAAAACCAUCACAGUGCUUAGGGGACUCUUUAGUCGCUAUGGCAUUCCUCACAACCUUGUCAGCGACAAUGGCCCCCAGUUCUGCUCUGAAGAUUUCAGCACGUUCCUGAAAGCCAAUGGAGUCAAGCACAUUCGAUCAGCACCGUACCAUCCUGCUUCCAAUGGCCUGGCAGAGCGCUUCGUGCAAACAUUCAAGCACGCCCUGAAAUCUUCCAGAGGAACUGCUCCAGUGCAACAGCGUCUUGACACGUUCCUCCUGACCUACCGCAACACGCCGCAUGCAACAACAAAGGAAUCCCCAGCCAUGCUGUUCAUCGGACGCAAGCUGCGUUCUCGACUGGAUUUCCUGAAGCCAAGUGUUGCUGGAGCUGUGCACCAGUCACAAGAUGCACAGCUACAGCGACGUCUGCUGCACUCAAAAGAGAGACAGUUUGACGUUGGCGAGCCAGUGCUCGUGCGUGAUUAUAGGAGGGGGGAGGAUAAGUGGACACCAGCUGUCGUGAUUCAGAAGACCGGACCAGUCUCCUACAAGGUGAAUGUAGGAACACAAGGCAUCUGGAAACGCCAUGUUGACCAGAUGCUGGCUCGGCCCGAGUCAGACACACAAGGGACUGCAGGAAACCUUCCUGUGAGUCCUCCCUUGUCACUACCUCUGACCACCACUGCAGGUAACACACUUAACACAAGUACACCUCAAGAGAUGGAGGAUACUGAUAUCAUUCCACCCACACUAUUCCAAUCACCCACACCACACAGAUCACCCAAAACACUCAUUGCACCACAGUCCACUGAAACAAUGCACACACCUUUUACAGAGACAGAGACUAUGCAACGUUCUCCUACAACACAACCAGAAUGUACAGAGACAGAGACUGUUCGACGUUAUCCUAUGAGGAUCACACGCCCGCCAGCAUGUUACGGUGUGCAGUAAAAAAAAAAAAGAAAGAAUCCUA